GCAGACAUGUCGCCCACCGUGAAGAGGGAAGAGGAGGCGGGAGCGGCGGACGGCGCCCCCGUGGAUGUCAGCAGCUCCACAGAGACCAUCGGUAUGUCCAGCCCACUCACCACGGAAGGGCCGUCGACCACCCCGAAGCCCCCGCUGAUGCCCGAAGUGCUAAACAAGAUCAAGGAGGAGACGGGCCUCUCCACGCCCGUCGUUAUCUCCAUCCUAGCCGGUGAGUGGCUUGUUGCAUGUGCGCGCGGGGCGCCGCGGCCGGGGAGGCGCUUCUCGGCGCGCGGGGGCUCAGCUCGUCCAAACGCUCGUCACUUUCACUGGGCUGCAGCGUGACAGGUGCAGCCUGACAUGGAGGAGCUGACUGAAAAUGCUGAAGAAGGUGGUGAUGAGGCUGAAAGUAAGCAGAGUGAAGUGAAGUUGGGACGUAUUCAAUACAAGCUGGAGUACGACUUCAAUUCCAACAGUCUGGCAGUGACGGUGAUUCAAGCUGAAGAUCUCCCUGCUCUGGAUAUGGGUGGAACAUCUGAUCCAUAUGUGAAAGUCUAUCUUCUGCCUGAUAAGAAGAAGAAAUUUGAAACCAAAGUGCAUCGGAAAACUCUUAGCCCAGUAUUCAAUGAAACUUUCACCUUCAAGAAUGUGCCAUAUGCAGAUGCCAUGAACAAGACACUGGUGUUUGCCAUAUUUGACUUCGACCGAUUCUCAAAGCAUGACCAAAUUGGUGAGGUGAAGGUGCCCUUGUGCCAAGUGGAUCUCGCCCAGACUAUAGAGGAAUGGCGUGAGCUCCAGAGUGUAGAAGGGGAGGGAGGACAGGAAAACAAGCUAGGAGAUAUUUGCUUCUCCCUCCGUUAUGUUCCAACUGCUGGAAAAUUGACGGUGGUCAUCUUAGAAGCAAAGAAUUUGAAGAAGAUGGAUGUUGGUGGUCUGUCAGAUCCAUAUGUGAAGAUUGCUCUGAUGCAGAAUGGUAAGAGGAUAAAGAAGAAGAAGACCAGCAUCAAAAAGUGCACUCUAAACCCAUACUACAAUGAAUCAUUCACUUUUGAGGUUCCAUUUGAGCAGAUCCAGAAAGUCAAUUUGAUGGUAACUGUUGUGGAUUAUGAUCGUAUUGGCACAUCAGAGCCUAUCGGAAAGGUUGUAUUAGGCUACAAUGCAAGUGGAACAGAGCUUCGCCAUUGGUCAGACAUGUUGGCCUCUCCACGCCGACCAAUUGCUCAGUGGCAUACGCUUAAAGACCCUGAAGACGAUAAGAAAGACUAAGCCAUGCAUGACACAGAGAAAUUAAAAAGUCCACUUGCUCUUAUCUCCCCCAUCAAUACUGUCAAGAUACCUUUGUGUUGAAACUUUCAUCACUUUUGCCUAUAUAUUUGAGUUAUGGAAGUUUGUACUAGUUUUCAUAAAUUUCCUUUUGUUCUCCAUUGAGAAUUUUAUUCAUGGUACUGAGCAUUGAUGUACCCACUCCAUUGCUUAGUCAAAUAUACUUUUUUGGCUCGUUUCAGGGCUACCUAGUUAUCUGUAUCUCCAGCAAACUAAAUGUCAGGAUCACAAAACCAAAGGGAAGCUUUUCCCCAAAUUCAGUAUUUUACUUGUGCUAUGGUAAUUGUUAUGAAACAUUCCAGUCUGUGAAAAAAAUAUGUUGGAACAACUCUAUUUGUGGAUGGAAAUCUAGGAAGUACAUAAUAUGUUGAUAUCUUUAUUCAAUAUUCUGUCAUGUUUUUGGAAGUCUUGUAAAAUUCCUAUAUAAUGUGUUUAAAGAUGAUUGCUGUAAAUCUUGUCAGAAUAUGUAUAUUUUUUAAGUGUAUCAGCUGCUUGCAUUCUUAAUGUGUACAAUGCUGAAACAGCUAACACUGAGGAUGUAAAUUACAAAUUUGUUAGGAAUAUAGGAAGAGAUAAUGUUCUAAAAUCUUCCAUGAAAAGGAUCCAUGGUGUAUAAAACUUAUAGGCAGCCAUAGUCAGUAAAAAGUUUAUAAACACCUGCUUGGCUUCAGACACAUGGAGUAUAUUUCCUUAUGUUCAGUAAAAUUUCUCUGCCUAAGGUCUCUGGUUCAUGUAAGUGUGGAAAUGAUACUUAACAAAUGUUGAGACCAUACUGAAGUCCAAACAUUCUAGAUGCUGCCAAUGGUCCUAAAAUACAGAUAUUACCAAGUAAUAUAAAUAUUCUACACAUACUGUACUCAAAUUUGGUGUUUUCAUAUCGCAUUCUCAGAAGUCCAUUGUGAUUAAAAAACAAAAGAGGGCACCAAAAUCCGUAUUGAGUAGGAUUUAGCCUGGUAGAUGAAGAGACAUUGUUAGCAUAAGACUUUCUUUUAAAAGUCAUUGACAAUAGACCAUUAAUACAACUGCAUCAGCUAGUAUUUUUGACACUGAGAUUUUAUUACUUUUAGGGCCUUUAAGGAAACAUUUGAGAGAUAUGUUAGGGUUACUUUGGAAAGGAUUUAGGUUAUUUUGUCAUACUAUGUGAAUUAUUAUGGAACAUGGCUUAUUCUUAAAAAGUGUUAAUAAGAGUAUGGUUGGUAAUUUUGAGAUUAAAUGGAAUAAUGCUGUUUUAGAUGAAAACUAUCUGUGUAUGAUACAAUGUUAUCUACUUGUGCAUACUCUGAUUCAAGUCCUCCAGUUCCAGUCUCUUUUCUGAGUGUGCUUGUUGUCAGGGCCUGUACAAACAUGAUGUUAACCCUGCUUCAGAAGCUUACAUGUCAGAAAAUGAGGUAGAUAAACUGUAGCUUUAACCUAUCCCCCUUCAAAAGUAACCUACACUCUAGAGAAGAUAAGCUAAAUCAGACCUCACAGAGUGAUGCUUAUUCCCUUCCAUUGUAAAGUAUACUGCUAUUGAGUUGUUAUCUUGAAAUCUUUUCCCCCAAAAUAGACAAUAUUAUCUAACUCAAUCCUCAACAGUAAAGUGUAAUGAUCACAUUAGAAUUAAAACAAGUGGUUUUGAUUUUGAUAGUGCAAAAAAAUAAUAUAUAUUUCCUCCCGUUGAGAUUUAAGAUUUGUUUCAUUGUGAUCUUCCCUCCUUUUUGAUUGAAUGUAUAGUAUUAAUUUGUAAAUAGAGUUGUUGUACAAAUGUAAUUUUGUUUUGUACUAAGAAAGAACGUUCCCCAAUCUGGCCUUGUCUUAAAGCAUAUAGGCAUGUUGCACCUCUAUGAAGAGGUAUGUGAAAAGUAAAAAUUCGUAGAUAUAUAUUAGGUUCUCCAUUUUGUCAGAAUUUCACAGAGUUAGUUUUGGAAACAAUGUUUUCAAUGUUCCCAAUAUCCUACACUCACCUAUGCCAAAUAUAAAAAUUAUAUUUAAAAGCAAAAAAACUUUCUAUAGGCAAAUGAUGUGUGUAUGUAUAUAUUAUGUGUGUGUGUAAGUUUGAAGCAUUGAAAUUGGAGAGUGUACUUAGAGUAAAAAGGAGUCAUGUCUAUAAUCUGUGUACCAUAUAAAGAGAGAGAAAUGUCUAGCCCAUAUAAAUAUAUUAUAUAUAUAUAUAAAAAUAUAUAUACAUAAACCUCAUUAAAACACUGUUGUUGACUAUUAUACCAUAACUUAUAUACUCAGAUACUCUACCAAUUGAAAAAUGUUGGCCGCCAUGGCUUCUCCUAAAACACACUGUUUUUUUGUAACAACUGUGUAAUUCUGCAUUAAAGGGAAUAUGCAUAAUAAAGUUCAACGGGGAAACAUAUUCCAAUGUGAAAAAAAUUAAAUUUCUGACCAAGGUAUGGAACAAAGCUGAGGAACAAGAUAAAAUGAUUGUUAUUGUAAAAUAAACUGAAACAAAUCACGUGGUAGGGAUAGAAAUAUAACCCUGCAGUUUCCAAAUGCAGGAAGGCACUAAAUGAAGAAAAAUGUACUAAAUGUUAACAGUUACAGUUAUCCAGUGACAGCUGUUAUAUUCAUGUGGCAUCUCUAUCACUCUUGAUGAAGAAGUAGAUGAAAUAAACCAUAUCACUGUUUAUGAUAUGCAAUGAUGUACAUUCAUUGUAUUUUAGAAACAGAGUUUGGAACCUAAAAAGAAAUCUAAUAUACAGCCUCCACUUCCCUUUAUUUAUGUUGUGUUUCAUUGCUAGCAGCGUCAUAAUGCUUUUACGUAAAUACAAUAUUUUGAACAAUCAGGCAAUCAAAUAACAGUUGCAUGUUGGUGUUGACAUGCAACUUCAAAUGAUGUACUAUUAUAUUUCAUUCUCAGCAGUCUAUGAAAUCCAUAAAAGUAUUUCAAGCAAAUGACAUGCUAUUAUUGAGUGGUUACAUGUUUUGUCUGCCAGCUUUCUUAUGUAUGACUCAAGUUGUUCUUUUGUUUAAUUAUUUUAUGGUGAUCUCCAUGUGAUAAAUCAUCAAAUGUCGUUGUAUUGAGCACUCUUAUCUUGCAUUUAACCCAUUUGAUAACAGUUAAAUAAUCCUUUCAUUUUAAAGCCAUAUUUUAUACAGAAAUGCAGUUCAAACUCCCUAACACAAUUUUCCUAUGACUCCCUUCCUCUGUAAACUGUAUUUUGAAAUAUGGAAGCUACUACUUUCUUUAUUUGACAUAUGAAAAUUUGGUAAAGUUGUCAAACAUUAUUUUUAUCUACUUUGUUAGACUUGUAAUAGUAAUUCUUUGCAUUUUGUUAUGAAUGUUUUAUAAAAUUAUAUGAAAAUGAGAUGCUGAAUUUGUUUAUUUAGGAGAAUAGUUUUCAAAGUUCAUCCAACAGGUGCCCAUAUCAGCUGAACCAGCAAAAUUCUUGGUCUGCUUUUCACAAAUGCAGAUAUGCUCAGUACAUGUUAUUUCAAAGCAGCAAUGUGCAGGACUUUUUCCCAAAACAAAACAUAAAACUGAAAAAAUUGACUCAGAAAGUAUUCACAAUGGAUUCUAGAAUAUUUUCUAGCAUUCAAUGAAAACUUGACUGACACAAUGACUUCACCAAGGAAAUUAUUGCUAGGCUUAAGUAUUCAGUUUUGAAAAUGUAUUGUUAAUAGAAGGUAGAAAUUGAUCAAUUAGUUGUUAUUUAUAAUUAAAAGUAUUAAUUUUCAAGAAAUUGUUGAACUAUUUUCAAAGAACUAGUAUUUAUAAAGAUAGUCCUGUGAAACUUUGUAUAUUAGUCUUAAAACAAUAAUUCAUAUUAAUUUAAAUUAAUAACAUGAUUCUGAAGUAUCUUCAACAAAUUAAAUAAUUUCAAAUCUAGUACACAAUCGUAAAUCUGGCACUGGGUCCAUAGCUGGAGAUGUAAGUGAACUCAUGGUGAGAUUUUAUCUCAUUUCAUUAAUGAAUGGUCAGUUCAUACUUUUAAAUUUGUUUAUGGGUCUAGUUAUUUUUAAAAAUAUGUUUCCUUCAUUUAUUCUUGGGUAAAUUACUGAAAUUUUAUAUGGCUUUGUUACAAAAAAGAUUAUUUUCACUUCAGUCUAAUUUACCAUUAGUAAACAAACCUAAUUCUCUGGAAAGUAAACAAAAUGGACGACAAUUACCAAAACAAACAAAUAAGCAAUCUUUGUAAAACUCAUUCAAUCUUUGUAAAACUCAUUCAAUUUUUGUAAAACUAAAUGUAAUGUUUUAGUAAUCAAGUUAUCACAAUCUUCACAAUAUGUAUGGACAGUCAAGAGGUAACAUUCACAUGUAAUAUGAAGCUAGUCUUCUCUUUAAUAAUGCGAGGAUGCAAUUUUUUUGCACUGCAAAUACUAACAAUGCACCUCAACCAAUAAGCAAUUGAUGCAGGUUGAUGAAAAAAAUAAUGAACAUGGAGUACCUGGAAGUAUGGGUAUAUGUGCUUAAUUAUUGUGCAGUAUAACAGCAUGAAUGCAGGGGCUAAUCCAGAGACUAGUUUUGAGAGGGAAAAUUUUUUUUAUUCAAAAUGUUUUGGUCGAGUGUGUCAUUACUGAUUGUGUAGAAUGAUGCUGACUAAACUCAGCUCAUAUUGCAAUACAAUAUUAUUCGUUUUAAGGUUUAUAGGAAAAUAUUUGUGCUUGAAAGUUUUGUGACAAGUUAAAAUUAAUAGUUACUGAAAAAUUUUGGGAGGGGAAAUUU